GAAGAAAUCGCCAUGGUAGCCGCAUCAGUGAACCUCGCAAACAUGACAUGGACGUCUCUGAAUUCAAAUCCAGCAAUCUCUUUCUCCAUGUUAAGGGGAAUCAAAAACUUCGGCAUAGUACCUUUCAGGAGAUGUUUAAAGCCCACUGUUAUCGGAAUCGCGUCGUGGCCACCACUCCGUUCUUCUUCUUCUUCUUCUGUUAGGGCCAUGUCUUCUUCGUCGUCUUCUCCAUUGGAGGAGACUGUUAAAAAGACUGUGGCAGAGAACCCUGUCGUUGUUUACUCCAAAUCCUGGUGCUCAUACUCGUCUGAAGUGAAGUCCUUGUUCAAGAGUCUUCAAGUUGAGCCACUGGUUGUUGAAUUGGAUGAACUUGUUUUUUUGGGUAAACCAUCUAUGCCUCAGGGUAUUGGUCUUAAACGUUUACAAAUGUUUUGGUGGUUUUUGGCAUCUCCAGGUUCAGAGGGGUCGCAACUGCAGAAUGUGUUGGAGAAAAUUACUGGACAAUACACUGUUCCCAAUGUCUUCAUCGGGGGCAAGCACAUUGGUGGCUGCUCUGAUACAUUGCAGCUGUACAAUAAAGGAGAGCUGGAGGGAAUUAUAGCUGAAGCCAAUGGAAAAACAGGUCAGACCUAGAGAGAUUUAGAGAUGGAACUGUUUGGGGAUUUCUUCGUGUUCCCUUUUUGUUUGAUAUCAGAACCUCUGAAUAAAAUGAUUGAAGUCGAGAUGAUUUGGUGUUUGAAUUUAUUGUCUAUAUAUAGAUAUUCAUUAAGACUCUAUUGUGUUUCUUCUCA